AUGUAUAAAAGGUGGGAAGGCUCAGGGCAGCCCAAACCCUUUGGCAUCUCCACACUCCAGCCUCUUGGCAAAGAGAACUUAGUUGUGCAUCAACCCAGAAUGUCUCAGCAGAAGCAAAAGCAGUGUGCUCCCCCCCAGCAGUGCUGCCCUCCACCCCAGCAGUGUGCUCCCCCACCCCAGCAGUGUGUUCCCCCACCCCAGCAGUGUGCUCCCCCACCCCAGCAGUGCUGUCCUCCACCUCAGCAAACCAAGCAGCCUUGUCAGCCUCCACCCAAGUGCAAGGAGUCUUAUGCGCCCAAGUGCCAACAGAAAUGCCCACCCCCUCAGCAGUGCCAGAAGUCCAAGCAGAAGUAAGACCCCAGCAUGUAACCAGAGGUGGAACCUCCAGGGAAAACAGCAGCAUGAAGUUCAAUGCCC